AUGGCCAAGGCGUCGUCUUUCAGGGCCUACCUCAGGUCCGACAAGUCACCUGAGGAGAAGAAGUUGGUGCGCAAGGUCGACUUCUUCAUCUUGACCUUCUGCUGCCUCAUGUAUUUCUUCAAUUACCUCGACCGCUCCAACCUGACACAAGCCUAUGUCUCUGGCAUGAAAGAGGACCUGAACUUCAAGGGGAACCAGUUGACCCAGAUCACCACCAUUUUCACCUGUGGCUACAUCGUUGGAAUGGUCCCCUGCAAUCUGGCGCUCUACUACAUCAAACCCAGGUUCUUCUUCCCGUCCAUGUGUAUUGUUUGGGCAGGCCUCACCAUGGUGACGGCUGCGGCCAAGAAACCCGAACACAUCAUGGCCAUUCGAUUCUUUGUGGGAGUCGCCGAGUCCAGCACCUUCAUCGGCACUCAUUACAUUCUGGGCUCGUGGUACACGGAAAAGGAGCUAGGCAAACGCAGCGGCAUCUUCACGGCUUCUGGCCUCGCCGGUACAAUGUUUGGAGGUUUCAUCCAAUCCGGCAUCUAUGGCAGCAUGAAUGGACUGUCGGGCUUGAGCGGCUGGAAAUGGCUGUUCAUCAUCGACGGGAUUAUCACCUUGCCGGUGGCCGUCUAUGGUUACUUGCUCUUCCCAGACACUCCCUCAACCACGACCGCCCCAUACCUGAAUGCCGAAGAACGUGCUCUGGCCAUGUCAAGAGUGCCCGAGGUACCUGAGCAGAAGCCCAUCUCUCUAUCCUUUGUCAAACGCGUCUUCAGCUCGUGGCAGUUCUAUGGAUUCGUGGUACUCUGGAUCAUUGCCGGGGAGACCGAGAGCUUUAGCUCGAACAGUCUUCUGAACCUUUACAUGAAAGCGUCCCCGGAGGAAGACUACAGCGUCUCCCAGCUCAAUGACUACCCGACCGGUGUACCUGCGGUGGGCAUCGUGUCCACGUUGUUCUGGGCCACCCUGACCGAUUAUCUCGGCGGCAAACGAUACUUAGUCGCCUACUGGAUUGCCAUUACUGGCAUCGUCACGUCGGCCAUGCUUCUGUCUCCCAACGCUUCCGUCGCCACUCAUUUUGGAGCAUACUACUGGGCAGGCUCGGUGUACGCGUGUCAAGCCACCUUCUUUGCCUGGGCCAACGAUGCUCUCAGAUAUGAGGAGGAUUCCCUGCGGGCCAUUGUCAUAGCAUCCAUGAAUCUGGGAAGCAAUGCAGUCAAUGCAUGGUGGUCGAUUAUCUUCUACUCGGCAGACAUGGCACCCAAGUUUACUCGAGGGAUGUGGGCGAUGAUUGGAGUGAGCAUUGCCAUGGCCAUUUGGACCUGUGGCCUGCAAAUUGUCGAGGGGAGAGCUGCAAGAAGACGACUCGCGGCGACCGAAGAGGUCAUGUCUGAGAACGUGGAGAAGCAGACGGUCGACGAUUCGCAGAAGUUGUAG